GUUAUUUCUUUGUUCCCCGGUAGUCAUCUCCAGCAUAUGGAAACAGGAAAUGAUACACAAAUUUCAGAGUUUAACCUUCUGGGAUUUUCAAAGGGACCAGAGCUGCAGCCCCUCACAUUUGGGCUUUUCCUCUCCAUGUACCUGAUCACUGUGUUUGGCAACCUGCUCAUCAUCCUAGCCGUCAGCUCUGACUCCCGCCUCCACACCCCCAUGUACUUCUUCCUGGCCAACCUGUCCUUUGUAGACAUCUGCUUCCCCUCCACCACCGUCCCGAAGAUGCUCUGGAACAUCCAGACCCAGACCAAAGUCAUAACCUAUGAAGGCUGCAUCACUCAGAUGUACUUUUUCCUUGUCUUUGCUGGAUUGGACAACGUUCUACUGUCUGUGAUGGCUUAUGACAGGUUUGUGGCCAUCUGUUACCCCCUGAACUAUAUGGUCAUCAUGAAGCCCCGGCUCUGUGGGCUGCUGGUCCUGGUGUCCUGGAUCACGAGUAUCCUGCAUUCCUUGUUACAAACUUCAAUGGUGUUGCAGCUGUCCUUCUGUACAGAGGUAGAAAUCCCCCACUUUUUCUGUGAACUCAAUCAGAUGAUCCAACUGGCUUGUUCUGACACCUUUAUUAAUAACUUGGUGAUGGAUCUUGCAGCUGUGCUGCUGGGUGGUGCUCCCCUGGCUGGGGUCCUUUACUCUUAUUCUAAGAUAGUUUCCUCCAUACGUGGGAUCGCAUCAGCUCUGGGCAAGUAUAAGGCAUUCUCCACCUGUGCGUCUCACCUAUCGGUUGUCUCCUUAUUUUAUUGUACCAGCCUAGGAGUGUACCUCAGCUCUGCUGCUACCCAGAGCUCCCUCUCAAGUGCCACAGCCUCGGUGAUGUACACGGUGGUCACGCCCAUGCUGAACCCCUUCAUCUACAGCCUGAGGAACAGAGACAUAAAGAGGGCUCUGAAAAGAAUCGUUGGCAUUCCAGCAAUGCAUGGGACAAUCGUCCUGAGGCCAAAGACAUGCCCAUGA